UGUCAAAAGGCUGCGUUUUCUAUUGACGUGUCGGCAGAAAAUUGCUUCGUUUCUCGAUUUUUUUUGUUGGUAAAAUUGGUAUUCUACAUUGCUGGUUUCUAUCGUGGUUAAAAUGUUUAACCCUGCGUUAUUUGUGGUGUUAGCCACGCUGCUCAUUGUUCCUCUCUCGAAUGGACUGUACUUUCACAUCGGUGAAACCGAACGCAAAUGUUUCAUCGAAGAAAUACCGGAUGAAACCACCGUAGUAGCUAACUACAAGGUGGAACUGUAUGAUCCACGGUCCGGUGGAUUCAUGCCAUCAUCGCCCGGAAUUGGAAUGCACGUCGAAAUCAAGGAUCCGGAUGACAAGACGAUCCUUUCCCGUGUUUACAGCUCCGAAGGACGUAUUUCGUUCACCUCCCAUAUACCGGGAGAACACGUGCUGUGUAUGUACUCGAACAGCACCGCCUGGUUCAGUGGAUCGCAGCUCCGAGUGCACCUCGAUAUUCAGGUCGGAGAGCACACGAUCGAUUACGCUAAUGUGGCACAGAAGGAAAAGCUAACCGAAUUGCAGCUGCGCAUUCGUCAACUCCUCGACCAGGUGGACCAAAUCACAAAGGAGCAGAACUACCAGAGAUACCGUGAAGAACGCUUCCGACAAACCAGCGACAGUACCAACCAGCGUGUCUUGUGGUGGUCGGUUGCUCAAACCGUAGUGCUGCUGAUAAUGGGCGUGUGGCAGAUGAGGCAUCUCAAGAGCUUCUUCGAAGCAAAGAAACUAGUUUAAACGAACGAAUAUCGUACGACAAGGUAUGUCACAAUCUUUUUGUGAAAAUAAAUUAAAACAACAUUGAA